CCCCGCUUGCGCUGCCGGCGGCGGCGGGGCGAGGGGGUCCUGGCGGAGGGGAAGGUGUGUGCCGGGGCUGCCGCGGGGGGCCCAGCCCGGGGCCGCGGGAACGAGCGCUGCGCGGAGCUACUGCUGCCAGACCAGCCCUGAGCCCCCAUAUCCACCGCGCCGCGCUCUCAGGCGCCGAGAACUACAGCUCCCGGCAUGCCGUGAACUUGACGGCUGAGGCGCUGAGGCGGGGUCGGGCCCUCCUCCGGCCCGCCCCGCUCUCCACUCCGGCCGCAGCAGCUUCACCGGCCGCGCGCGGAGCAGGGACGCGAGCCAUGGAGAAGACGUCGCCCCCGUUGCUGGGCUGCAACAAGCCGCACUUGGAGAAGCUGACCUUGGGCGUCACCCGCAUCCUAGAAUCUUCCCCAGGUGUGACAGAGGUGACCAUCUUAGAAAAGGUGCCUGCUGAACGUCAUAUGAUUUCUUCAUGGGAACAAAAGAAUAACUGUAUGAUGCCUGAGGAUUUGAAGAACUUUUACCUGAUGACCAAUGGCUUCCACAUGACAUGGAAUGUGAAGCUAGAUGACCACACCAUUCCACUGGGCAUCAUGGCAAUUAACAGCAUCUCAAAACUGACUCAACUCAACCAGUCUUCCAUGUAUUCACUUCCUAAUGCACCAACUCUGGCAGACCUGGAGGACGAUAUACAUGAAGCCGGUGAGGACCAACCAGAGAAGCCUCACUUCGACUCUCGCAGUGUAAUAUUUGAGCUGGAUUCAUGCAGUGGGAAUGGGAAAGUUUGUCUUGUCUACAAAACUGGAAAACCAGCAUUAGCACAAGACACAGAGAUCUGGUUCCUAGACAGAGCAUUAUACUGGCAUUUUCUCACAGACACCUUUACUGCCUAUUAUCGCCUGCUGAUCACCCACCUGGGCCUACCCCAGUGGCAGUAUGCCUUCACCAGCUAUGGCAUUAGCCCACAGGCCAAGCAAUGGUUCAGCAUGUAUAAACCCAUCACCUACAACACAAACCUGCUCACAGAAGAGACCGAUUCCUUUGUGAACAAGCUGGAUCCCAGCAAAGUUUUUAAGAGCAAGAACAAGAUCUUAAUCCCAAAAAAAAAAGGGCCUGUGCAGCCUGUGGGUGGCCAGAAAGGGCUCUCAGGUCCCCCUGCUCCCUCCACUUCUAAAUCAUCCUCUGGCUCUGGAAACCCUGUCCGGAAAUGAAUACCUCCAGGUUUUCACCAGCUCCACAGUUGUGGUUCCCAUGCACGGAUGGCCCCAGCCUCAGAUUCUGUGUAUGAAACCACAGGCUGCUUCUCAUCUCAGUGGCCAAAAUCCUAGGCCUUUGCUCCUACUGAC